AUGCCAAACUUGUUUUAUACAUUAUUCUAUCAGGAUAUUCAUUUACUGUUUUGUACAUCUUUGACCAAUAUUGCUUGCAAAUUUCAAAUUCCUCAUUAUAACAUCCAACUAAGGUGCCAUGAGAUUCACGCAAGCACAGAACAUAAUUUAGGGAAGAAUCAUCCUAUAGUCUCAGGUUUUGAUGCAUUCAUAGUUAAAUUGGAUUACUUUAUAAAUUGUCUCGCAAAUGAUAAUUAUGGAAAAGUUGAAAUCUUUAGAUUUGAAGAUUAUGAAGAAUUGAUUCAAUCAUUCAAAUCUGGGUAUAUGGAUUUAUCUGGUAAUUCAGAAAACGAGCAAUUGAUGCAUCACUUCAAAGAAUCAAAGAUACAUAUUCUUAGUCCAUUUUAUUUCAAUGAACAAGGAUCAAAUCAAAAUGAACCCAAUUCCACUCAAUCCACAAUCACCAUCAGCAUCACCACCAAUCGGAGUAGAAACAGUGAAACUAUUAGAAAAUAA